AUGGCUGCCACAAGCUUCCCAUUGCGAUGGGAAAGCACAGGUGAUCAAUGGUGGUUUGCAUCCCCAAUAGAUUGGGCUGCUGCCAAUGGCCAUUACGACGUCGUUAGGGAGCUUCUUCAUAUAGACACAAACCUCCUUAUAAAUCUCACUUCGUUGCCUAGAAUUCGACGGCUCGAAACCGUGUGGGAUGACGUCGAUUUUAAGUUCCGGGACGUGGCGAAAUGCAGGGCUGAAGUAGCCUACAAACUGCUCCAAGAAUGCCAGAACAAGAAGGGUUAUAAUUCCUUGAUCAGGGCUGGCUAUGGCGGCUGGCUGCUCUACACCGCCGCCUCCGCCGGAGACUUGGUUUUCGUCGAGGAAUUGCUCGAUCGCGAGCCGUUCUUGGUGUUCGGCGAAGGGGAGUAUGGUGUUACUGAUGUGUUUUAUGCUGCUGCUAGGGGUAGGAAUUCGGAGGUUUUCCGAUUGUUGUUGAAUUGUGCAAUGGCGCCGAAAGGGUGCGGGAAGGAGAUGUCGCCGGAGUUUAGGUCGGAUAUGAUUUGCCGGGCGGUUCAUGCCGCCGCUAGAGGCGGCAAUGUGGCGGUGUUGAAGGAGCUUUUGGCCGGGAAUGGCGGUGUUUUGGAGUAUAGGGAUUGUUAUGGUUCGAAUGCUUUGCAUUCGGCUGCCGGUCGAGGGCAAGUCGAGGUUGUUGAGUAUUUGGUUGCCGAGUACGAUAUAAUAAACUCGCGGGAUAAUCACGGCGAUACGGCGAUUCACGUGGCGGCGUAUCGUGGGCAUUCGAGCAUCGUGAAGGCGUUGGUUUCGGCGUCGGCGGGGUCGUUGGUGUCGUCGACGAACAAUUACGGUGAAACGUUGCUUCACACGGUGGUUUCGGGGUUCGGCGCGCCGGGGUUUAGAAGGAUCGACAGACUGAAAGCGCUGGUGCGGGAAUUGGUGGACGGGACGUUUGCGAGCGUCGAAGAGAUCGUCAACAUUCGGAAUCGCGACGGGAGGACCGCGCUCCAUAUGGCGGUGAUCGACAACAUCCAGUCGGACGUCGUUGAGCUGCUGAUGUCUGUUCGGUUCAUCGACUUGAACAUUUGCGACGCGGAUGGGUUUACGCCGUUGGAUCUGUUGAGACAACGCCCGCCUUCUGCGUCGUCGGAGAUUCUGAUCAAACGGCUGAUAUCCGCCGGAGGGAUUUCCGACUGCCGCGAUCGUCGGGCUCGGAACGCGUUCGUUUCCCACCUCAAGACCCGCCGUGGCGUCGGGAGAAGCCCUGGGACGUCGUUUGAUAUCCCCGAUGCGGAGAUAUUCUUGCAUGCCGGAAUCGAAGAUCAUCACCCGGGACGGUACAGCUCCGACUCGACAAGUAUCGAUUAUUCCGGUGAAAUCGCGGUGGAGACGAGCACGCCGAAGUACAAGAAACUUGGCUCCAUAAAUAGCACCACAAGGCUUCUCAAGAACAUCCUUAGCUGGCCGAGGAAGAGCGACAAAAGAUCAAACGCGAUCGACGCGAACAAUGAUUCCUCGUCGAUCGAGUCAUAUCGAUCGAGCUCGGGUUCUAAACCCGGGUUGGUUUCGCUGAGACAGCAAUUUUGCCGGGCAUCGUCCCUCCCGAGCAACAAGCGAAUAUCGUCGUUCCCGGGGAACCUCCCGAGCCCGUCGACGAAGAAAAAGUUCGCUGCGGGAUUGAGUCAAGGCGUGCUACGGGUGGAGCCGAGGGCGGCGCACCUGCUGGGAUCCCCGUCGAGCGCGUUUUCGGAGUCGACGUUGUCGUCGCCGAAGGAGGCCGGGAUUGCGAGGGAUCACCGGAAGACGAAGCUCCGGCCGCGAUCGUUGAACUUGCGGCUGAUGAAUAGCUACUUGUGCUUCGGGGCGCACGGCCUCUCCGUCGAUGCACCGGUCGAUUUGUCGGCGCCGUCGCCGGCGCCGGCGCUGCGACAGCGGCGGCAAGAUCUUGGAGCAAGUGUAGAUGCUGCUCAGUAAGUGUAAGGAAUUGUGUGUUUGUUUGCUUAGUUUUGGUGUAGUUUUUGAAGGUGUAAAUGUGGUAUUGUUCUAUAUAAAUUUUCUGGUGUUUUUGUCUA